ACGUCCAUCUCACCCAGUCACUCGCUUUGUAUAUUAUUGUCUUUCGUUACUUUACCAGACAUGGCAUCGAUGACCACCUCUGCUGCGUUGCCUUCCGGCAGUGUCGUCUGCGGCACAACGCAGUACGACAUCCCUAUCCAAGAUGUCGCCUGCGCCGUCCCAAACAAAAACAACAAUUCCGACCUCUUGAAGAAGUGCUGCAACGGCGCUCCCGUCGUGGCAUAUGAUAACGGUUGUGCCAUCUACUGUCUGGCCUACAGGCAGAGUGCCAAAGACCUCACAUCCUGUUUAUAUGAUGGCAAACUCCCGUAUCAGGACGCCUGGUGCAACAGCAAAAACAUAAAUGAAACCGCCACCCAGACAAGCCUUCCCAGCCAGACUGCCUCUUCCGGCGAGACCUCGUCGCCAACUUCCUCCUCGACCGGGCCUGGCUCUCCCAAGCCAACUGGCAACUCAGCACCAGCUGGUCGGUUCAGCACGGCAUUUGGCGUCAUCUUUACUGUCGGUAUCAUCGUCGGCAUCUUGGUAUAA